AUGCCCAUGAUGGGACAAAACAUGAUCCCGGCCGCAAUAAGUGGAAGCUAUCCUUCUACAAGCAGACUCUACUCCGCCUCCGGCAAAAACAUCAACUCCAAGCGCUGUUUCCGACUCUUCGACCUGCCGCGCGAGCUGCGCGACAUGAUCUACGAGUGUGUCCUACCCGACCGGGGCUACGAAUGCGAUCCAUUCUUCUUCAAAUCUAACGUCUUUUACGAUAGUCCGUUUAAGCACCCCACCAAAUUCCUUCCAAGAAUCUGCUUCGCCAACCAACAGAUUAAACACGAAACCACGGCUGUCUUCCCCAAACUAUACCGGUUUGACACAUAUGAGGGCAAAUAA